AUGUUCAGCAGGUUGAAAAAGUUGGUGGGGACUCCUGAGCCUCCUGAGGCUGUUGCCUCUCCCUCUACCCCAGCUCCGCCAGCUAAGGCUCCUGCUGCUGCUCCUGCUCCUGCUGCUGCUGCUGCUGCUCCAGCUGAUCCUGCCAAACCAGAGGAGGCUGAGGGUGAAAAGCCCCCCCCUCCACCUGUCGUCUACUCCCGCUUCACAGAUGACACACUCAGAGAUCUGAUCAAGAGGUUAAGAGAGCGGACAGAGAUGCUCAAAGAGAAAGUCAUAGAUCCCUACGCCACCUCUCCAGAAAUCACUCCACCUGUCACACCUAUUCUGAAGAAGGAGGACUACAUCAGACUGAAGGAGGAGGAGCGGAUAGCAAAAGAAGAAGCAGAGAAGAAGAAGGCAGAGGAGGCAGCUAAAAAGGCAGAGGAGAAGAAGAAGAAGGAUGAGGAGAAGAGGCUGGAGGCAGAGAAGAAAGCGGAGGAGGAGAGGCUGGCAGAGGAGGCCAGGAAGAAAGCAAAGAUCCUCCCAGACAUCCGGUGCUCCUGCUUUGACGUCCUCUUCCAUCCGAUCGAGAACAUGAUGGAUUCAGUCCUGGGAAACACCAUCGAUCCUUUCACAGAUCGCCGCUACAUCGCCUGGUUGACUGUUGUGGCCAUUGCAUACAACUACAACAUCUGGUUCUGUUCCGCCCGCCUGGCGUUCCCAUACCACAGUCCAGCCAUCAACAUGUACUGGGUGAUCUUUGACAUUCUCAGUGACUUAGUCAAUGUUGUCGACAUCAUCGUUUGGCAGCCGCGACUUCAGUUUGUCAAAGCCGGUGACAUUAUAAAAGACAGAGCCCUGACAAAGGUCCACUAUCGCAAAUCACAGCGAUUUAAGACUGAUUUACUCAGUGUCCUCCCCCUCGACCUUUUCUGCCUCCACUUUGAAUUCUCCGCCAUCUACAGACUCAACCGCUUCAUCAGGAUUGAGUCUUUCUUUGAGUUCAGCGAUCGACUUGAGAGCAUCAUGGCCAAGGCUUACAUCUGGAGAGUGGCUCGCACCACAGGUUACCUGCUCUACGUGCUCCAUCUCAAUGCCUGUGCAUUCUACGUCGCCUCAGUUCACCAGGGUCUUGCAACCACUACGUGGGUGUACAAUGGAAAGGGCUCAGCAUACCUGCGUUGUUACUACUUUGCUGUUCGCAGUCUGAUCAACAUCGGGGGUCUUCCGGAGCCUAUAACCACUUAUGAGAUCACCUUUCAGAUGACUAACUUCUUCAUUGGUGUCUUUGUGUUCUCCAGUUUGAUUGGACAGAUGAGAGACGUCAUUGGAGCAGCAACAGCAGGUCAGACAUACUUUCGGGCAUCAAUGGAUGGCUGUGUUGCCUACAUGAACACAUAUACGAUCCCCAAACUAGUCCAGAACAGAGUCCGGACCUGGUACAACUACACAUGGGCUGCUCAGGGCAUGCUGGACCUGGACCUCCACACUGUCUGUCCACUCCAGAUCGAGUCAGAGCUGCUGGACAAGAUGCCUCUGGUGAUGAGAACUGCCAUUGCUGUGGACAUCAACCUGGCCACCUUUCAGAAGAUCGCUCUGUUUCAGGGUUGUGACCAGCAGAUGUUGGUGGACAUGUUGCUGAGACUCAAGUCAAUCAUCUACCUACCUGGAGACUUUGUCGUGAAGAAAGGUGACAUCGGUAAAGAGAUGUACAUCAUUAAAAGUGGAGCGGUGCAGGUGGUGGGAGGACCUGACAACAGCAUUGUGUUUGUCACACUGAAGGCUGGUUCUGUGUUCGGAGAAAUCAGUUUACUACAGUCGGCUAAAGAUGGAGGAAACAGACGCACCGCUAACGUCAAAGCACAUGGCUUUGCUAACCUCUUUGUCCUGGAGAAGAAGGACCUGUUUGACAUCCUGGUCCACUACCCAGAGUCUCAGAAGGUGCUGGCCAGGAAGGGACGGAAACUGAUCAAAGCCAAAGGCCCUGCAGCUGCUAAAACCAAUGAGGAAAAGCAGAAAGGUCUGACUCUGUUUGGACAAAAACCACCAACACCCAAGAUGCUCAAAGCCUUUGGCAACUUCCGCAAAGGAGGCCUCAUGGACAAACUCAAGGUAAAGUCUUAGUCUCUGAUGCAUCUUCUAAAGACACAGAGUUGACUUCAGCUCCAGUCUAAGCCUAACCCUAGCCUCACAGUGGGUAAAUGACUCAUGUGUCCUUUUUUCUUUUGUCCUCUGUUCACAGAAAAAUACAGAGCAGAACUGAGAAGUGUGAUGCUACUAAGCCUCAUCAUUCUCACCAGCUGCUGACAGACUCAUAAAGACAGAGUUGUUCCAGUUUGUAACUUUCAUAUGAUCUGACGUUGUAAACCAGAAAGAUGGUCUGAAAGCAGAACUCAAACAGGACAUCUGUAGCUCUAAUCUAAUGAUAAUCACCUUGUAAACGUCUGU